UUGGCAUGAAUUUUAUUCCUUAUUAAUAUUAUUUUAUCUAUAAAGAAUCUCAUGAAGUCAUCACUACAUAUAGAGUUAUAGGGAGAUGCUGACAGAGUUCCUCCACCACACCAUAAAUAUAAUUAUCUCAGCUGAAAUCUCUAACAAGCUUGAUCCUGUCUGCAGGUAACACAGCUGCUGUGUUUAGUUGCUUUUACAUGGGUUGGAAACUUAUCUUCCACUUGUUUUCUGAAAUUUAUCAGGAAUUCAGCAGCCAAGCAACAGUGACAUUAGAUUAGAUAACAGAUGGUUUAAGGUUCUGAUGAUGUGACAGUCCUCCUGUCCUGAAAUCCCCUACAUUUCCAACUAACAGUUUUCACUUCUUUAGUAUUUGCGUUCAUCUCAUGUAUACAUGGGGAUUUGCCAACUCAUCCAGAAGAGAGUAAUUAAACUGCAUAAACCACAGGACAUAAAGGRGGCCCGGGGCCCCUCCUCCUGCAAGGAGCGGAGACAUUAUGUUCCUCAGCACCAUCUGCCUCCUGCCUCAGUCCGCGGAGCAGCAGCAGCAGCAGGAGAGGAAAUCUGCAGACAAGAUCAAAGAGAAGCCGUGCGCGUGACAUGUAGCCGUGAUGGAGGCUGGACACASGCACGCGCCACUCCUGCAGGGCCUAUGGGAGUGCGUGAGAGCGCGGCAGGAGGAGAUCCUGCUGGCCCCUCACCUGUCUGCGUCCUGCGCCUUCCUGACGCACGUGCUGUUCUGCGCACCUUUCCUCGCGCUCGACGUGCUGGGCAGCGUCAGCGCCCGCGUGCGGUCGUGGAGGAUAGCCGCGGGUUCGGGCCCGCCCCCGUCCCUCCGCCGGUGGUUGGAGUGUUUCUGUCGGGUCCUGYUCAGGUACAUAACGGUGGUGCUUCCCGCCACGAUGCUGCUGCAGCUGCUGAGGAGCCCCCGGGUCCCGGAGCUGGCCCCCUCCUGCCGGCGGCUCUGUGUGGAGGUCGUGGCGUGUUUUCUCUUGUUUGAUACGUUCUUCUUCAUGUGGCAUUACGUCAUGCACAGGGUUCCCUGGUUGUACCGCAGCGUCCACCAGCAGCACCACAAGCACCAYGUUCCCUUCGCUCUGGCAGCUCAGGACUCCAGCUCCGUGGAGCUGCUGUCGCUGCUGCUGCUGGCCAUGAGCAGCGUGUGGGUGCUGGGCUGCCACCCUCUCAGCGAAGCCCUCUUCCACCUCCUCAACACUUGGCUGGCCGUGGAGGACCACUGCGGCUACAACCUGCCCUGGGCCCUACACAGACUGCUUCCCUGCAUGGGAGGGGCCCCCCACCACCAAGUCCACCACAGUCAGCAGAGUGCCAACUACGCCCCUUACUUCACUCACUGGGACCAGUUGUUCGGCACAUACCGCGCAUAAGUGUGGCGUUCAACUUCUGAUUGUACUGAUUUGUGCAGCAGAAAACAAAGGAAUGCUUGAGUUACAGCAGAUUCUGACUCUGAGACUUAAAACUAUGAAACAUGGAGGAAGAAUGUCACUGAUGUCCCCUCAUGGCCCAAACAKUGAAUCAGUUUAAAUUCUAGUGUUUUUGUCAACAUGAGGCAGCUAAAAUGCACAUUUAAGGGAACAAUUGAAGGAAUGUUUUUUUUUAGCUUAUGCUUUUGUAAGAAACACGUUUUUAAUGAAUGGCAAGACACGAACCAGGAGACAAAUUCAGAUUUAGACUUGAACAUUCAAUUGCAAAGAAUAAAACCUUACAAACACCUUUAAUCAAAACCAGUGGUGGUGGGCAGCACUAAUCAAAAAAUUAGUUCCACUAGCCCUAAAACACGAACUCAAAUAUUUAGGUCCCCUAAUUC